AUCAUGGGAAUCACUUUUAGUGGAGGAGUUCAGAUAUUUAUUUUGUUGCUGUGGUCUGGGAUAAGCAUAGCUAUGAUCACAAUAGACAGGUCAAGAGAAAACCAUUCAGCACGACAGGAAUUAGCAGCUCAAACAUCCUCCUUUAUUGUAUCCAAAAAUAAAAGCAUAUGCAGCAUAAAAGACAGACAACAUAGGCUGACAUGUUUCGAAUCAGUAUCCCCACUCACAGAACCUUCCUUAAAACAGCCGGUGUCAUGUACCAGGAUAAAUGUUUGCUGCAACCUUUGAUCCCAAUUUACUUAAUAGUGGCCGGAACGUGUCAGCUAGUAGCCAUCCUACUGCUGCCAUUAAAAAACCUUUGUCAUCAGUUAUCUGCACUAUUGGAGGGGUUUAUAUUAAUGUUCAUUUUUUGUUGGUUAAUUGCUGGUAGCGUGUGGGUAUUUCCAAUUUAUUUUGUCUACCCCCUCACAUGCAAUAGUGUCCUCUAUCGGUUUUCAUUUGGUGUUCUGGUUUUCCAAUAUGUAUACAUUGUUAUCUUCUCUGUAACAUUGGUGCUCGCUAUCUGCUUUACUGGAUUCAAAAGUCUUACUAAAGCCUCCCUCAUCUAAGCACCUAAAGACUGGCAAAACUAGAAUGUUUGGCAUCUCAUCUAGUCACAGAAAGAAUGAUAGAGAGAGACUUAGAUUUUAUCAGUAAUGAAUUCACAUUUCAUCAUACUGAAACGGUGCUCUUGAGAUCCUAAUAUACUUUGAAUGGGUACUCCCUUCUCUUCAUAGACCAAAUAGAAUGCAAUGAAUUUCAUGAACUCUUCUCACGUCAAACUGUUGUUAUAAACAACAACUUUCAGACUCUUGACAAUGCCUGCCAUGUAUGCUCUCUCACCAUUAUUAACAUGCAGUAACAACAAUCCUCAGCAGUGUUCACAGACUAAUAAUGCCAUAAAAUACACCUAGUUCCGCAUCACAAUUUCACACCUGUCCUUCGGGGAAAAAACCCUAAACAUUCUGUGUGUUG